AUGGAAUUCGACAGUAUGAAAGAUCCUACAGCCUACUAUAAGCAGUAUGCGAAGCAAGAGGGUUUUGGUGUACGGACACAAAGGACUAGGAAAGAUGAUGAAGGGAGGCCUGUGUACGUGACUGUUGGUUGUGCCCGUGGCGGAAAGUACAAUCCUACGAACAAUAAUAUCUCGAAGCCACGACCAACAACUAGAACGGAUUGUAAUGCGAGAGUAAAUGCGACAUUGAGCAAGAAUGAUAAAUGGGUUUUCACCACUGUUGAAAAUGUGCACAACCACAUAACUGUGAGCCCCAAGAAGACAAGAUUCUUGCGAUCUCACAAACAUCUAGAUGAAUACAGUCAAAGGAUCCUCGACCUAAAUGAUCGAGCCGGUAUACGAAUGAACAAGAAUUUUUAUUCUCUUGUCGUUGAUGCGGGGGGUUUUGAGAAUCUUCAAUUUCAAGAGAAAGAUUGUCGGAAUUUCAUUGACAAGGCUCGACAUUUAAGGUUGGGUAAAGGUGGUGGCGAAGCACUUAAUCAGUAUUUCCAAAGAAUGAGAGAUCGGAAUGAUGAGUUCGUUUCUAACAUGGACUUGGAUGAUGAGGGAAGGUUACGAAAUGUAUUUUGGGCUGAUGCUCGGAGUCGAGCGGCGUAUGAGUAUUUCGGAGACGUAGUAACAUUUGAUACAACGUACCUAACAAAUAGGUACGGGAUGCCUUUUGCACCAUUCGUUGGUGUUAAUCAUCAUGGGGCUUCUGUAAUGCUCGCAGAGUUGGCAAUGGAAGCUGGUUUGCCUAAUGGUGUCUUAAAUAUUGUUCAUGGCACCAAUCUUCUUGUUUCUUUUCUCGGUUCAAGUGAAGAUGCUCUCAAAGUAAAUGCUGGAACAGAGCCUGAAGUAGAUCUUGGUCCUGUAAUUAGCAAACAGGUUAGGACUAUUUCCUGA